UCAAGGGUUUCACUUUCUCUCUCUUCUUCUUCUUGUCUUUUUGAUUUCUCAGUUCUUAAUCUAAUGGCGGAAGAAAACCAGCGUGUUUCCGGCGUCGUCAAGUGGUUUAACGACCAAAAGGGUUUCGGUUUCAUCACUCCCGAUGAUGGAAGCGAAGAUUUGUUCGUUCAUCAGUCAUCCAUUAGAUCUGAGGGUUUCCGUAGUCUUGGAGAAGGCGAGACUGUCGAGUUUAUCAUCGAUUCUGGCGAUGACGGUCGUACUAAGGCUGUUGAGGUCACUGGACCUAAUGGUGUUCCCGUUAAGGGCAAUACCCGCGGCGGCGGAGGCGGCGGUGGAGGUCGUGGAGGCGGUGGUUAUGGAGAUAACAGCUAUGGUGGAAGCCGAGGCGGUGGUGGGUAUGGUGGAAGUAGAGGUGGAGGAGGAUACGGCGGUGGUGGCGGCGGCGGCGGUGGUUGUUAUAAGUGUGGUGAAGAGGGUCAUAUGGCUAGGGAUUGUUCUCAGGGAGGCGGUGGCGGUGGAGGCCGUGGCGGCGGAGGCCGUGGAGGAGGCGGUGGCGGUGGAUGCUAUAGCUGUGGGGAAAGUGGUCAUUUCUCAAGGGAAUGCCCUAAUGGAGCUCGUUAAUCAAAUCAGAUGGGUAUUGAAAAAGCACCGCCUUUGUUUCUUUUCUGUUCUGGUCUAGUUUGUUUGUGUGCAGGUUUCACCGUUGAUGAAUGGAUGUAUUCUGAAACGGUCGGCUGCUUUGUUUUCUUUUGUGUCUGUUUUUUUUUUAUCUCCGGCGGCGGCGGUGUUUUUAGUCGGUUUUUGCUUUUGGUUUUUAGGGUUUAGUGUUGGACUUUGGAAUCUGGGUUUUUUAUUUUUGUGGGCUUGGUGAUCAAAACAUACUAAAAAAACAUAUAAUAUGCCAGACUGUCAUGUUAUCUAAUGCGUUUCGAUCGAUCAAUGAAUGAAGCUUUUAUGGUUCUGAAA